CUCUCUUAGCUGUGACAGUAGUUGGUAAGUCAUUUGAGCAGCGAGACACACGAUAGCACCUCGAGCAGACCAGUAAGCAAAGACUAAGCGAGUCUCAGGUCCUCCGUAAGAAUGGAAAAAGGUUACGAAUCCUCUGACAGUGGAGUGUACGACAUCGUGGACAUCGCAUUCCCAUCUGAUUACCCCCGCCAGCCCAGCAAGGAUUACAGUGGCGGAGGUCCUCACCAAGAAGCGGGUGCCAGACAUUCAGGAUUCCUUCCCCCUGGCAUACAAAUCCCGGCGCCCCCACAGUCGACACAGCCUGAGGAUGUGGUGCCAAUCCGUGGAGUCUCUGGAGAAGAUGAAGAGUACCCCAUGGGCAACCAGGAGCGUGGGAUAGCCCUUAUCUUGAACCAUGAAUUCUUUGAAUUAGACUUCCUUAGUAACAGAGAGUGCACAGAGAUCGACAGAAACGCAUUGAUGCGUGCAUUCACAACACUCGGCUUCGAAGUACGAUGUUGCAACGAUCUGACAUUUAGCCAAAUUCGCCAACAACUCAGACGAGUGGCCGAGGAGGACCACGUCAACUGCGUUGCAGUGGCUGUGCUUUCGCAUGGUGGUGCGAAUAAUGUGCUGUUUGCAAAAGACCAGGAGUAUCAUGUCAGCGACCUUCUGGAACCUUUCAGCCCCGCUCAGUGCCCACGCCUUGUUGGGAAACCCAAACUCUUCUUCAUACAGGCGAGUAGGGUAUUGAUGGCUGUAACUGUAACUUCACCGGCUCUGUUACGCCAUAAGGAGAAGACCUCAUAUCAUACUCCACCUGUGCAGGCGAGUGGGACAGAUUUCAGUGUAAAUCCAUUGUUGGAGUCAAGCUUCCUGAUGAGCCCUCUUAGUCUUGCUUGGCGUCCGCGGGUACGCUAUUACCGUAAUAUCAGUACGAGUAUGGAAAGGGAGGCUUCUGAGAGUGGUAUCUUCAGAGGCCCUGUUAAUACAUAUGGUGAUGUCCUCAUAUCGUACUCCACAUCUGAAGGUUCACAGUCAUUCCGCAACCUACAAAAUGGUGCAUGGUACGUGCAGACCCUGUGCGCCCAACUGGAGGCCCACGGCAGAACUAAGGACUUAGUGUCGCUGCUCGCAGACGUGAACCGCAUCGUGAGCGAACAGUUUCGUUCGCACAUCCCUCAUAAUCCAGAGUUACAUAACAAGAUUCAGGAACCCUGCUUCACUUCUUCCUUGAAACGGCGAUUGUAUUUCCGGUAGAGUUAUCAUCCUGGAGAGCCAAAGUUCCCAACCAGCCAGAGUUCCCAAUCAGCCACUACUUGCCAUUCCAGGCUCGUUACUGCAUUCAUUGGAAUCAAGACCAAUGCAUUCACUGUACCAGAAAAUUAGUCAACCAGAUUCAACGUAGCCUACAAACAAUCUUCUUCCUCUCUUCUUUUGGCCAAUAGCAUGAUUUUUGGCAGAUCAUUAUUUCUAUUCUAUUGGCACUGAUCUUUCAGGAGCUUAACACUACAGUUUUGUUUCAUUAACCUUUACAGCCAUUAUUAUUAGGAUAUAUUUGCACUAUUGAAAGUAUGAGACUAAAGGUAAUACAACAUAAUAUGUAUCGAAGUAUGGCUGCACGUUUACAAUAUACAGAUAAAUACAUUGAAUAGUAAAUUAACUAGAGAUAUCAAAUGAAAAAUAUGGCAACUUGGGGCGUCAAAAGGAACAUUCAAUUUUUUCCUACAAGAAUCUCAUGUCAGAGAAAUUGACAUCCACGAUUUUAAUUUUCAUUGCUAGUAGCUGGCCGCGUUUCUGAUUUGGCACUGUGCCCCACUUUUUCAUCUCAAAUUUUCCAUAUCAUAAAUGGACAAUCAUUGCAUCUUAUUAAAUCUUUCCUCAUCUCACUGUAAAUAAUGAUAUUUAAUUUUAUGUUCAAAAUGACUGCUUACUUUAUGAAGAACUAUAAACCCUUUUCUGGGUUUGUAAGUGAACAGACUGAUUUACUGAAUACUAGAGUUAGGUUCCGAAGGAGUGACUUUCUAAACCACAUACGACCAUCCACGUUUGUGUUUCCUAAGAUUUCACUAAACAGUUUAAGACGAAUUCCGAUAUGGUUCUCCUAAAAACAUCAGAGCUCAUUUCGCUGCUCUUCCUUACCCAGUCCGCAGAUGUGCUCCGUCUCUGAUGAAAACUUUGUCAUUGACACAUUACGUCCUAAAGCUUCUUCCAUUCUCCCCAACAUACAUUGCAUCGAAAUGUUUUAAUGAGGUGUUGUAGAGACAGAUUUUCUCAUUUUCUACAUUUAUUUUAGGAUAAAAUCAUCAUAAUUCGAUAAAGGUGCUCUAGAUACACAGAUGAUAAAAAAAACACAUAAAAUAUAAACUCAAAUACUUGUCCUUAUCUAUGAGGCACGUUCAAUAAGUAGUAAAAUAAAUUGCUUUAAGCAGGCUGGUUUUAUUGAGGAUUGCAAUACUUUUACAUAUACAUCCAUUAUCCACAAGGAACUUGACGGUGUGUGGCGGAGUACCUCUAUCAGUUCUCCCUUCUAUUACAGGCUUGUACUGUUCGUGGAAAGAAAGAUUGUCGGUAUGCCUCUG